AUGGCGAAGCUAUGUGCAAUUGACAUCUCCAAUGGAUACUACCUGUUUGAGCCUGGCCACGGAAUCCCCCACAAAUUCAUGAUUGCAACCCAACUUUUCAAUUCCUCACUUGAAUUGCUCCAUACGGUUGUCGGUUUGGUACCAACACCGAUCCCAACUUUGCUUCUUCAAUCAUUUGCAAGAUUAAUCAUUUUAGUUGGAAUUUGCGUCGUCAUUCCUGAAUCAUCAGCCAAUUACAACAUUUUCACAUUUGCCGGCUUGACUUUGGCUUGGUCAAUUACUGAGAUUAUCAGGUACGGGUUUUAUGUCCUUAAGUUGGGCCAAUUUUCAGUGCCUUACUCGAUCUUGUGGUUGCGGUACUCAGCAUUCUUUUUGUUGUAUCCUUUGGGACUUGUUUGUGAAAGUCUCACAGUUUACAACUCUUAUGAGGUUAUUGAAACGAGGUUGCCUGGCUACUCCAAGUUUUUAAAGUAUGCUAUGCCAUUGUAUAUACCAGGAUUUUUGUACUUGUACAGCUACAUGAUCAAACAAAGAGGAAAGGUGUUGAAAAGAGAAAAGGAGAAGCUGAGCUAA